GCUCCCAUCCUCUACUGUAAUCAAAGACCGACCCUGGCGACAAACCGCGUCGCUCUCUUCUCUCCAAUCAACCCCGCACGCGGCCAGCAAAAACCCUCUUUGGAGACCAUUAUUUUGUCGCGUUGUAGGGCAUGUAGAGCACGCUGUUGUAGUGGGAGCGACUUGCCUACCUGGAUGCGUCGAGCAUUUAGCCUUAAAACAUGGCUCUGCCAGCCCAGUUACACUCGCAACGGCGACGCUCAUUCCAAAAUCAUCACCUGCUUCACUGCCCACCAUGAAAGCCACCGCCCUGACCGCCAGCCUCCUGGCGACGACGGUCCUCUGCACCCCACUGCGCAUCAUCUCCUACAACAUCCGCCAGGCCGUCGUGAUCCCCACCAUCGGCGAGCGCCCAUGGUCUGACCGCCGCCCGCUACUGACCGCGCAGCUCAGCUACGAGACGUCCAACCGCCCAGAGUCGCUCCUGUGCAUGCAAGAGGUCCUCCGACAGCAGCUGGUCGAUGUCCUGGCCGGUACCGAGGGCACCUGGGCGCACGUCGGGCUUGGGCGCGACGACGGCCAGGACGGCGGCGAGUUCUCUCCGAUCCUCUACCGGCCUGACACGUGGGAACUCGACGCGAACCGCACCUACUGGCUCAGCGAGACGCUCGACGUGCCGGGCUCCAAGGGCUGGGACGCCGCAUACCCGCGGGUCGUGACGGCGGCGAGGCUGAGGCACCGGCAGACGGGCGGCAGGGUCGUGCUUCUCUGCACGCACUUUGACCACAUGGGCCAGGUCGCGCGCAAGAGGAGCGCGGACAUGAUUGUCAACCUGGCCGGCGAGUGGGAGAGCGACGAUGGCGGCGCGUCCAAGUCGCCCGUCUUCUUGGCCGGCGACCUCAACUCGGACGACCAGAACCAGGCGUACAAGACUCUGGCCACGAGGAUGCGCGAUUCAAGGGAUCUCGUGCCAAGGGAGAGGUUGCACGGCAACACCAAUACGUACACUGCAUUCACCUCGCUGCUGACUUGGGACGACAAGCGUCUCGAUCACGUGUUUGUCAAGGACCCGUCCGUUGGGGGAUUGCGGUUCAAUGGGCACGCGGUCUUGUCAAAUCGCUUUGACGACGACAUAUUUAUCUCGGACCAUCGCCCUGUUGUCUUGGACGUUGAUCUUGGGGUCUAG